GGAGCCUCUUCCCUUCACUCUUCCCCCUCCUCGGAAGUAGACGUCGCCGUCUAUAUUCCGUUAUUUUCAUUUUUAUACAUAUUUUUACAGAUACCGUAGCCACGCCAUGGACGCCAGCAUGGAUGACUGAAGUACAGAGGGGAUCCCCGGUUUUACCGCCGUCCAUUUGUCCGUGAGUCGAGCGGAGCGGAUGAAAUCCAACUGUGGCUUUCUCCGCUUCACAGGGGAGGUAGCUGUAGCCAGUGAGGAGGUGGGCUUUACCAGGGCAGGAGAGAAUGAAGUGGGCAGAACCCUGGGUAAACAGCCAGAGGCUGUCUUUUCUGCUAGAAAAGACAGCCUCUAGGGAAGCCAAAAUGUGGAAGAUCUACGUGCCAAAGAAACCCUCCUCACAGGAUACAGACAUCUCCCCGGCCCAGAGGGAUGAGGCUGUGCGCUGGCUGACAGAGCUCCACAGUAGGCUGCAGCUUUACCCAGAAACCCUGGUGUUAGCUGUUAGCAUACUGGACAGAUUCCUUGCUUCCAUCAGGGCUCGUCCAAAGUACCUGCGCUGCAUUGCCAUCAGCUGCUUCUUCCUGGCUGCUAAGACAUGUGAGGAGGACGAAUGUGUUCCCUCCCUGAAGGAGUUGGCUGCCUCCAGUAGUUGUGGUUGUUCUCCAUCAGAGAUCUUGAGGAUGGAGAGGAUUGUUCUGGACAAACUGAGCUGGAGUCUGCUCACAGCCACAGCUCUGGAUUUCCUGCACAUCUUUCAUGCUACGGUGUCAUCGUGUCGUUCUGGGUUUCUGGAUGCUGUGUUGGGAAUAAACCGUUCUCAGCACCUGGCUCUGAUCACACAGCGACUCUACCACUGUCUGGCAGACCACACUCUUAUACAGCUCAGAGGCUCUAUGCUGGCUUUGGCACUCAUCACUCUGGAGCUGGAGACCUGCUGUCCUGAUUGGCUGGCUCUGACCACCAACCUGCUGAAAAGGACUCAGAUCAACAGCUCUGAGUUGAUCAGGAGUCGAGAGCUCGUGGCUCGUAGUCUGUCCACACACAGAGUUUCCCUGCCUCCUAACACCGUCUACAUCUACCAGCCCCCGAAGGAGCAGCAGCAGGAGGAGGAUGAGGUGAAGGAGAUGAAAGAGGAGAACAAGGCCACAGCCAUCACCUGCUCACAGGGGACCAUCUCCUCCUCCAUCUCCUUCACCUCCUCCUCUUCAUCUGCAGCUACACAACAGAUUCCUGCGGGAGCAGAGGAAAUGGAGGAGGUGAGCCCAGCUCCUCCAGGCUCCUCCUCUUUGUCCUCCUGUCAAGAUAGCACCAUCCCUCCUCUGCUUUCUCCGUCCAACAAUGACCUCCAUCAUCAGAACCACCUGCAGAAGGUCACACUGCGCUGCAAAGCCUCAGCCAAACGCAAGGUGGAGGACAUGGAAGUGGACGACUUCUACGAUGGUAUUAAACGCCUCUACAACGAAGAAGUCACCACCGUCUCUGUCCAGGAGGGGGCAACACCUGCAACAGGAGGGGGGGCUUUGAAUAGCUGCAGAAAAAGCUCCUCCCCCUGUCCACCUCUGCAGCCAGUCACAGCCUCCUGACUGACCCAUCAUCAACUCAGAGUGGUCCAUGUGGUUCUGGUUUAGACGUAAGUGAUUCCAGCAUUCUCUGGACCUGUGGUCAGUUCACCAUCGUCCGUUGCAGCAGGAAAAACAGAGCCCAAAAAAAAGUUUAAAUACUCAUUUAAAAAACAAUGAAAAAACCUUCUGCUGCUGCUAACCCUGACUAAUGAUAUUUGUUUCAGUAGAAAAUAAAAACACAAAAAAUUAUUAAAAAAAACACAAAGAUGUUCUUCCAAAAAACCCUAAAAAACUAGACUCUCUGAACUCAAGUGUUUUUCUCUCUGUCCUCAUGUUUGUUGACUUUUAUUUGUUUUUCUAGAUUUUAACACCUUUGUUUAUGUCUCAUAUGUUUGUUUUCACUCUCCACUCUGUCAUGUUUCCUAUCAAGUCUGAAUCAAAUGUUACUGUUUCUGUCACCUGUGGUUUCUCCAGGUAGAAAAAAAUGUUUUAAUGAAGGAAACUGAUUUUCUCAGGUCACUGGGUCACAAGGUCACUGAUGUUUGGUUUUGUCUCAGUUGUUCCUUACAGUGACACAGGAAGUCGGAGUACGACCAUGGAACAAAAGACGAUUAAAAAAUAACUAAUACUGAUUAGUGGGUAACGCCACCUGCGGGCAACUCUAAAUAGUGUAAAACCAGCACCUCCACUUCCUGUUGUGCUGUUUUAAACACACUGUUGAUGCCUAAAAUUACACAAAAGUGAUUUUACGACUAAAACAGAAAAACAACAAUAUUUGAAGUCACGUUUCUCUGGUUAAGUAGAUGACAAUUAAAGCGCUAGGUAAUUAUUUAUUAAUAUGUAAUAGAAAGAGGUAAUAGCCACUUGUUAUUAAACGUAUUUAAAUGUAAGAGACAGAAAAGUGUUUUUUUUUUUUUUUUAGUUCUCAGUGCAACAUUUGAUGUUUGUUUUUUAUUCAAAGUUAAUAUAAAAACAAACUCUGUAUCUAUCGCCUGUUAAAAACAUAUUGUAACUUACUGUAAAAAGCUCUGUUCCUUUUUUAUUUUCCUGCUGCAUCAGCUGCUGAAAUCUGCUGCAGGUCCUUGAACGCGCCACUAGAAAAUAAACAAACACCAAGAAAUAAAACCAGUGUGAAAACUGAAA